AUGAGAAUCCCAGCCAGCGUCGAACCGACCCCUAUCCCCGCCGCCAUGCUGGUGCUCAGUCCGCCCUUGUCUUCUGCCAUUUCGACCUCCGAGGAUUCAGUACCAGCCAGUUUAUCAGUGGUGCGGCUACCGGUAUUCAUUGAUGUUGUCGCUUCUCCUGCGGAUGCUUCGGCUGGUAACAAGUGGCUGGCCGGUGAUGUGAUACUCGGGGCGGGAUUGACGGUUGACGACGCUCUCGACUGCGUCUGUGAUGCCAUGCUUCGCGUCUCGCUGGGAUCCGUCAAAAGACCGGUGCUCGGCGCGAUCACCACGGGCGGCGAGGUGAUUUCUGUAAUGGACAGCCACAUGGACAUUUUUUUCUCUCUUGCGUGGACUUUGGGCUCAAAGCCAAACCAAUUGGGGCUUCAGUGA